UAGCUUGCGUCUGUGCUGCACCACAGAACAAGUACUUGGUACUGAGCUCCCUCCCUCCCUCCCUCUCUCCCUCUCUCUCUCUCUCUCUCACUCUCUCUCUCUCUCUCUCUCUCUCUCUCUCUCUCUCUCUCUCUCUCUCUCUCUCUCUCUCUGUCUCUCCUCUGUCUCUCUGUGUCUGUCUCUCUUUCUGUCUCUCUCUCUCUCUGUCUCUCUCUCUCUCCCUUUCUCUCUCUCUCUCUCUCUCUCUCUCUCUCUCUCUCUCUCUCUCUCUCUCUCUCUCUCUGUCUUUCUCUCUCUCUCUCUCUCUCUCUCUUCUCUCUCUCUCCUUACCUUCUCUCCUUAAGCCCCUCUCUCUCUCUUUUCCCUCCCCCUCUGGAGAAGUCUUUCUGGGAUUUCUGCUUUGGAUAGUAGAACAUCUGGAUCCAGCCACUAGAAGAAGCAUGGACCACAGGAGGAGAACUGCUCCCGGAAUCUUGAGUCUUCAAGUCCUAUUCUUGCUUUUCCAUACAAUUGCUCAGAUCAUGGCAGAACAAGAAGUUGAAAAUCUCUCAGGUCUUUCCACUAACCCUGAAAAAGAUAUAUUUGUGGUGCGGGAAAAUGGGACAACGUGUCUAAUGGCAGAAUUUGCAGCAAAAUUUAUUGUACCUUAUGAUGUAUGGGCCAGCAAUUAUGUCGAUCUGAUCACGGAACAAGCUGAUAUUCCACUUUCCCGGGGGGCUGAAAUGAAGGGCCGGUGUGGACACAAUGAAUCCGAGUUGCAAGUCUUCUGGGUCGACAAAGCUUAUGCCCUCAAAAUGCUCUUUGUGAAGGAAAGCCACAACACAUCAAAGGGCCUAGAAGCUUCCUGGAGGCUGAGUAAAGUUCAAUUCGUUUAUGAUUCCUCUGAGAAAACCUACUUUAAAGACGCGGUCAAUCCUGGGAAGCAUACAGCCAAUUCUCAUCGCCUAUCUGCCUUAGUCACCCCAGCCGGGAAAUCCUAUGAAUGCCAAGCUCAACAGACCAUCUCUCUCACCUCCAGUGAUCAUCAGAAAACAGUUGCUAUGCUCCUCUCAUCAGUCCACAUCCAGCCCUUUGACAUCAUCUCUGACUUUGUUUUCAGUGAAGAACACAAGUGCCCUGUGGACGAGAGGGAACAACUGGAAGAAACUUUGCCUCUGAUUUUGGGGCUGAUCUUGGGACUGGUCAUUGUGAUAACACUGACAAUCUACCACAUCCAUCACAAACUGACAGCCAAUCAGGUGCAGAUUCCAAGGGACAGAUCUCAGUACAAACACAUGGGCUAGUGGGGAGGCAACUAGAGAGGCUACAGUCACUGCAAACCUUUAUCAGGUAGUGAGAGCUCAAGCACCUAUAAUCCCCUCCUCCUUCAUUUCCCCUAGGACACACCAAUAGAGCUGCCGCAUACCAGCCAACACAAAUUGGAAGCUCAGCACAUGUUCAUGCUUAAUCCCAGCGGGUGAAAAUUCUUCUCUCAGAUUCUAAGGGUGAAUAUCAGUCCUUUUACCCAUCCUCUCUCCAUGCAGGGAAUUUCCUGGGGAAGUCAGCCAAUGUUCAUGUUUUUCUGGCAUUGCUUUGAUUUACCUGGGCUAGCACAGGGGAGUCAAGGAACAACAUACCAAACUGAGAGAAGAGUUUAGCCUUACAGAUUAAAGAAAGUAAACUUUAUUUUUAAACCCUUAAUGAAAGGAAAUCCUUUUUAGGCAUGGAUAAUUAGGGGGGGAGUCUUAUUUUUUUGGACAUUUUUGGAUUACCCUUCAAAGUUGUCGAUAUGCAAAAUAUAUAGCACCCUAUGCUACUGCAAGUCAACUUGAAAGUGAUACAUGCUUUUGGCUGGACAUUCUGCAUGUACAAAGAUUGUCAUUGAAGUGUCACAUUGCUACUUGCAACUGAUGAUUUCACAGCAAAAGGAAAUAAAUUUACUAUGCAGACUAUUUCAGGCAUUAUAAAAUAUAACAGGUACAAAUAUCAAAACUUCAUAUAAAUUCAUGUACGUUUGUUUUUAAAAUAUGAAUUAAAAUAUACAGUAUAUAG